AUGGAGCGCGACGGCUGCGUGGGGGUUGGGAGCCGCGGCGGCGAGGGCGGGCGCGGCUCCCGGGAGGGCCCGGCGGGGAACGGCAGCCACCCGGGCCGUUGCUCUGCAGCCGAGGCGCCCGGGGAGCCGCAGGCGGCCUCGUCCCUGCUGGCCCCCAUGGACCUGGGGGAGGAGCCGCUGGAGAAGGCGGCGAGCGCCCGCACGGCCAAGGACCCCAACACCUAUAAAGUGCUCUCGCUGGUAUUGUCAGUCUGUGUGUUAACGACAAUCCUUGGUUGUAUAUUUGGGUUGAAACCAAGCUGUGCCAAAGAAGUUAAAAGUUGCAAAGGUCGCUGUUUUGAGAGAACAUUUGGGAACUGUCGCUGUGACGUUGCCUGCGUUGACCUUGGAAACUGCUGUCUAGAUUACCAGGAGACGUGUAUAGAACCAGAACGGAUAUGGACUUGCAACAAAUUCAGGUGUGGUGAGAAAAGGUUGUCCCGAAGCCUCUGCUCCUGUUCGGAUGACUGCAAGGACAAGGGUGACUGCUGCAUCAACCAUGGCUCCGUGUGCCAAGGUGAGAAAAGUUGGGCAGAAGAAACAUGUGAGAGCAUUAAUGAUCCACAGUGUCCAGCAGGGUUUGAAAUGCCUCCUACCCUUUUAUUUUCUUUGGAUGGUUUCAGGGCAGAAUAUUUACACACUUGGGGUGGACUUCUUCCUGUUAUUAGCAAGCUGAAAACCUGUGGAACAUAUGCUAAAAACAUGAGACCAGUAUAUCCAACAAAAACUUUCCCCAAUCACUACAGCAUUGUCACAGGACUUUAUCCAGAAUCCCAUGGCCUCAUUGACAAUAAAAUGUAUGAUCCCCAAAUGAAUGCUUACUUUGCACUUAAAAGUGAAGAGAAAUUUAAUCCUGAGUGGUACAAAGGAGAACCAAUUUGGCUUACAGCUAAAUAUCAAGGCCUGAAGACAGGCACAUUUUUUUGGCCAGGAUCAGAUGUGAAAAUUAAUGGAAUUUUCCCAGACAUCUAUAAGAUGUAUAAUGGUUCAGUACCAUUUGAAGAAAGAAUUUUAGCUGUUCUUAAGUGGCUGCAGCUUCCUAAAGAUGAAAGACCACACUUUUACACUCUGUAUUUAGAAGAACCAGAUUCCUCAGGUCACUCUUAUGGACCAGUCAGCAGUGAAGUCAUCAGAGCUUUGCAGAGGGUUGACAACAUGGUUGGCAUGCUGAUGGAUGGUCUAAAAGAGUUGAACUUGCAUAGAUGUUUGAACCUCAUCCUUAUCUCAGAUCAUGGCAUGGAACAAGGCAGUUGUAAGAAAUAUGUGUAUCUGAGUAAAUAUCUGGGAGAUAUUAAAAAUGUUAAAGUUAUAUAUGGACCUGCAGCUCGAUUGAGACCCUCUGAUGUACCAGAUAAAUACUAUUCAUUUAAUUAUGAAGGCAUUGCCAAAAAUCUUUCUUGCCAGGAGCCAAACCAGCACUUCAAACCUUACCUGAAACAUUUCUUACCCAAGCGUUUGCACUUUGCCAAAAGUGACAGGAUUGAGCCCUUGACAUUCUAUUUGGACCCUCAGUGGCAACUUGCAUUGAAUCCUUCAGAAAGGAAAUAUUGUGGAGGUGGAUUUCACGGCUCUGACAAUGCAUUUUCAAAUAUGCAAGCCCUCUUUAUUGGCUACGGACCUGGAUUCAAGCAUGGCAUUGAAGUUGAUUCCUUUGAAAAUAUUGAAGUCUAUAACUUAAUGUGUGAUUUACUGAAUUUGACACCAGCUCCUAAUAAUGGAACUCAUGGAAGCCUUAACCACCUUCUAAAGAAUCCUGUUUAUACCCCAAAGCAUCCCAAAGAAUUCCGCUCCUUGGUCCAGUGCCCCUUCACAAGAGCCCCCAGGGAGAGCCUCGAUUGCUCGUGUGAUCCCUCGAUUUUGCCAAUUGUGGAUUUUCAGACACAGUUGAAUCUGACAGUGGCAGAAGAGAAGGCCAUUAAGCGUGGCACUCUACCUUAUGGAAGACCCAGGGUUCUCCGGAAGAACAGCACUGUCUGUCUGCUUUACCAGCACCAAUUUGUGAGUGGUUACAGCCAUGACAUCCUGAUGCCCCUUUGGACAGCCUACACCAUCGACAGAAAUGAUAGUUUCUCUACAGAAGACUUUUCCAAUUGUCUUUACCAGGAUCUCCGAAUUCCUCUUAGACCUGUCCAUAAAUGUUCGUUUUAUAAAAAUAACACUAAACUGAGUUAUGGGUUCCUUUCCCCACCACAAUUAAAUAAAGGUUCGAGUCAAGUAUCUUCUGAAGCAUUGCUCGCUACUAAUAUAGUGCCCAUGUACCAGAGUUUUCAAGUUAUAUGGCACUACUUUCAUGGCACCCUACUGCAAAGGUAUGCUGAAGAAAGAAAUGGUCUCAAUGUUGUCAGUGGUCCCGUCUUUGAUUCUGAUUAUGACGGACAUUAUGAUUCCUUGGAGACUCUGAAGCAAAACAGCAGAAUCAUCCGUAAUCAAGAAAUUCUGAUUCCAACUCACUUCUUCAUUGUGCUGACAAGUUGUAAAAAUACAUCUCAGACUCCCUCACAGUGUGAAAAUCUAGAUACCUUGGCUUUCAUUUUGCCUCACAGGACUGAUAACAGUGAGAGCUGUGCUCAUGGGAAGCAUGAAUCCUCAUGGGUUGAAGAGUUGUUGAGGCGACACAGAGCUCGAAUUGCAGAUGUUGAACACAUCACUGGACUCAGCUUCUAUCAAGAAAGGAAAGAGCCCAUUUCAGACAUUUUAAAGUUGAAAACACAUUUGCCAACCUUUAACCAAGAAGGCUGAUGUUUUUUAUUCCAAAACCACGCCGUAAAUCUUUUUGAAAGAACCUUCUGUUUUAUACAUCCUCUAUUUACACUAUUGCAUUGUUUGGAGACUGUUGACCGGAGUUAGAACUGGGAAUCCUCUUGUGAUACACAACCAUCUCAGGGAAACUUGUGGCCUCCGCAUAACAGUAGGAAAGUGUUCCUAUUGAGUCACGCACGUGUCUGAAUGUGUAAGAAUUGUUCAGAUUUGGGAAUAAAGACAGACCAUACCUAAAACUGCUCUUCUACUUCUCUUAAGGGCAGAAGUAGCUGUGAACAUUCUCUGGACACCAGAUGUUUGAAUCUUAUUAUCAUUAAUAAACUUCUAUGAUGCUGGCAAACACUAGACUAAUGAGUAGGAUUGGAAUAGGCCAUGUUUCAUUCGUUUCUUCACAAGAAUUUAAAAGUGAUUCUGGAUUCUUUUUAACUUGGAGUUUAUUUUAAUCUUAAUCAUAAACGUUAAUGGAAGCAAAAAUAUUUGAGGCCCUAUUUCUAUCUUUUCUGUAUAGCCCCCCAAAAGCCAAAGUAUGUAAUCCUGUGUUAUGUUUUAACUGUGACUGGGCUUCUUCAGAUUUAAUGAUUCUUUCAAGUUAAACUUUGAGGGAAGACCUGUAUUGAGUACAUCUUUUUAUAAAAUUUUACUCUACAUUUGUACCAAAGAAGAAAAAUAUUCCCAUCCUUCUCACUGGUAUUUAACAUAGGUUGAAAAUAACUCCCAAAAUGGUUAUUUUAGACUGUUAAAAGUAUGUCUUGUCUUAGUGAAGCUUCACAGAGCUUGUCAACUCAUGCAAGGUGGCAUUUUUCAUCCAGAUAGUAGGAAUGUUUUCCUCUGUGCACAAAAAAUGACGCUACCAGCAGCAGAGCUAUACUGUUCUGAGCUGUUCAUUUUGAAGUUCCAUUGUUUUGAAGAGAAUGUGUUACCAUCAUUUUAUAUCUUCUCGGUAGUCAUGAUAAAUGAACUUGAUUUCUCUGCUUCAUAGACUAUACCCUUUAGUACCAACCUGUGGACUUUCAAAAGCUACGUUCACUUUUAGGCUACUUGGGUCUGAUACAAGUGCUAUAUUAAUACAACAAAGAUCUGUAUUUGUCCUUCAUAUGAUACUUGUUCUUCAAAAGCAUAGGGGCCACAAAGACCUAAUUUAGAUAAUACAGUUUGCAUCUGAAAAUUAUUUACUAAUUUAGAAAGUCUCAUUGGUUUUGUUUUAGUCCCACAGAUCCCUGAGAUUCUGUACAUUUUUUUUCCCCAGUCUGUUUUUUUCUCAGAUUGGGUAAUUUCUAUUGUUCUUUCUGUCUUCAAGUUCGUGGAUUCUCUCCUCUGUCUAAUCCAUUCUGCUGUUGAGCCCAUCCACUGAUUUUUAUAUUUCAGCUAUUGUGUUUUUUAUUUCUAAAAUUUCCAUUUGAUUCUUCUUUGUAGCUUUUAUUUCUUUGCUGAGAAAUUUUAUCUCUUUGCUGAGACUUUCCAUUUUUACAUUUGUUUCAAACAUGUUCAUAAUUGCUUAUUGAAGAUUUUUAUGAUGGCUGUUGUAAAAUCCUUGUCAGAUAAUUCCUACACGUGUCAUCUUUGUGUUGGCAUCUGUUGUCUUUUUUCAUUCAAAAAGAUUUUUCUGGUUCUUGUUGUAGUGAAUGAUUUUCAACUGAAACCUGGAUAUUUUAGGGAUUAUGUAUGAAACUAUGGAUCUUAUUUAAACCUUCUGUUUUAGCUGACUUUCUCUGUCAUCACCCUAGCAGGGGAAUUGGGGGCACUGUCUUAUUAUUGCCAGGUUCCUUACUCAGCCUCUAUUGACAUGGGGUAAUAGGGGACCCUUGUUACUAGGCAGGGUGAGAAUUCAGCUUCCCACUGGGUCUCCGUUGAUGCUUCCCUGGCUGAGAUGUGCAGGGCACCUUGUUACUGCCCCCAUGUGGUCUCCACUGAUGUGGACAGGGUGGCAGGGAAAACUUUAUUAUCACUAGGUGGGAAUGAAAUUACCAGUUUCCUACUCAGUCUUCUCUGAUGCUAUCCUGGCAGAGGACUUGGGGCACCUUUUCACAACCUGGCAAACCUCUGUCUUUGCUGGCAUCGGUGAGAUCAUGGUCUUUGAUGUGGUGUGUAGUUGGAGUGGAGCAGUUAUUGUUUUCUCCCUUGCUAGGCCACUCCUCUUCUGGUCCUCUGGCUGGUGAGAUAGCAGGCUUUUCUUGGGGCUUCUUUUUGUCUGUACUCGUUGACAUUUCCAGGUUGCUGACUUCUUCAGCAGCAAGUCUGGCAUAUAUGAACUAAAAGAAAACCCAGCAGAACUCAUUACAGUGUUGUUCCUUGGGUCCCGAGAUCCCUAGCCUGUCUGCCUUCUCCUCUCCACCUUUCAGAAUCUUCCUAUGUUUGUUUUAUGUAUAAUAAUGAAGAUUUUUAUCUGCACUUAGCAGAAGGAUAUCUACUUCUUUAUAGAAGUGUCUCAUUGAUUUUUAUAUAUUUUUCAAAACACAUGCAGACACAGUUGCCUCUACAUAGAGCAUCUUAGCAGAUCUUAAUUAAAUGGAUGGAUGCCUUUCUCCUUUGCCAGACAGCAAGAAUACGGAGAAAAGCAAGUUACAAUCCUUCCAGUCUUGGUGAGAGAGAGGAGGCAGCAGAAGUGUAAAUGAUCCCUAAAAGAUGGUAAAUGUUAUAAUGGAGCCAUGGGCAGGGUGCCAGGGAGUACAAAGCAGGCACUGGGUGCAGCUUGGCAGUAUCAGCAGUGGCUUCCCAGAGGUGGUAAUGAUUGGGCUAGGACUUGCAGGAUGAAUUGGAGCUCUGCAGGUGAAUAGGUGAAACAGCAUUCUAGCCUCCCUUGGGUGGAUACAUUUGGGGCAUUUUUCCAUUUACUGCUACUUCCGAUAUUUUCUACAAGUGUCACUGUGACCAACUUACAAUAUGCAACUCUUUCAUUUUUCUUACUUUGUUAAUCUCCCGUUUUUAAAGGAAAUGUCAGACUAUAAAUUCUGUGCUGAUUCUUUAAAGGAAAAGGCAUCCACAUCUGUUCCUACUUAGCUUUCAGUUGCUCUUAUACAAUAUGCUUUUUUUUUUUUCUCGUCUUGAAAGAGACCCUUUCUUGCACCCUUUCAUCUACUUAAGACAUGUGACUAGUCACCAGUUUGAACGGUAAAUUCACAUGAUCAUAUAUGGAAAUGUAUGUAUCCUACUUUUUUCAAUAAAGGCUAUUCUUUCCUUUUCAAAUGCACAGCAAAACCUUUAUUUAUCCCUAAUUUUGCUGCCAUGCCUCCAGUCAGUACUUCUUAAAUGAGGUAAGUAACUCUCAUACAUAAUUUUCUAGCUGGUUAGUUUAUUCAUGGCAGAGCAAAAAAUCAGGUGAAACCUAAAAAUAUUUCCAAGAAUCCAGAGAAAAGAGGGCAAACCUUAGGGGGAAGAAGGCGAAUGUUCAGGUUCCGGCAGGGUAAGGAGAUAUGCACAGCAUGGUUAGGCCAGUUGGCCUGGUUGGUCCUGUUUAAGGAGAUAAGACCCACCAGGAUAGAGCUGAACCACUGAGUCCUCCAGGAUAGGCUACGGCCACCCCGCCUUGACUAUUUUCUGCCAUUAGCUGCAAUAACUGUCCAGCCCGGAUCUGUGGGUACGUGUUUAUCUGUAAUUGAAACUGUUGUUUGAACUUUGAAACUAAAUGUGAUUAUACUUCACGCUGAAGCCUAUCACAGGAAUUUGGUGUGUGGGUGCUUUCAUAAGCACCAAGUUAAAU